AUAGUAAGAACCACUAUAGUGUGUAAUUCGUUAUAGGUAAUCAUCGUAGGUAGUUUAGGAGAACAUGGCGAACGACGGUGCUUCAAAACUCUCGAAAAACCUUCUAAGAAUGAAGUUCAUGCAACGAAGCCUUGGUGCGGAUGUAAAGAAACAGCUUGAAGAAGACGAGAAGAGAAUUAUCAGUGAUGAGCAUUGGUAUUUGGAUUUGCCUGAACUUAAAGCUAAAGAAAACUACAUCAUUGAAGAAAGCAGUUUUGUACCCUGUGAAGACUUGGUGUACGGGAGAAUGUCUUUCAAAGGAUUCAACCCUGAAGUGGAGAAACUUAUGACGCUGAUGAACACACACAACAGAGAUGAAGAGGAGGAGGAGGAGAUGGAGGAUCCGGGCAGAAUGGAAACAGAUGUAACCGACGAGGAGAUGGCCAGGAGAUAUGAGAGUCUGGUUGAGAGUAUGAAGAAAAAAUUUGCCAAAAAGCGGAAUCGCCCUGCGCUUGACCAGGAUGUCAACAGCAACGUGGAAGAUGUGCAGCCCAAAAAAGCUUUCUUAAAGCCCCAGGACUGACCUGUUUUAUGCAUUUCAAUCAUCUGUCGUUUGGAAUAUGGCUGUAU